AUGGGGACACGCUCCCUGACCCGCUCUCCAGAGGCGCCUUCUGGUCCUUCUGCUUGGACAGGGGAGGCGAGGAAGGGCGGCGACCCGGGGGCGGAGGGGAGUGGCCGCCGUGGCCUAUUUCCGCGAGCACCGCGAACCGGGUUCGGGGAGCUCAGCGCCAGCUUUCCCCAGCCACGCAGCCCCGUGGGCCCCUGCCGCCCGUGUCCAUGCAGCCCUGUCGACCCCCGAUGCCAGCGCUGCUGCUGAGCCUCUGGCUGCUGCCGAGCCUCGCACUAGCCGCUGCUGUCACUGAGCCCGCGGACCUGGAAUACACCGUAGUCCCCCGGCAAUCCUCGGCCGUGGGGCUGCCACGCGGGAUCCUGCAGCUGGCGGCGCGCGCUGCGCUGCACUUCUUCAACUUCCGCGCGGGCUCACCCAGCGCUCUACGGGUGCUGGCCACCGUGCAGGAGGGCCGCGCGUGGGUUGACCCUCAAGAAGGCUGCGAAGUGGACUUGGUAUUUAGCACAGAGCAAUAUAACCCCGAGCAGGAAGGUGAACGUUUGGGCAAAUGUUCUGCGAGGGUGUUUUUCAAAAAUGAAAAACCCAGACCGGCCGUUAAUGUAACGUGUGCACGGCUCUUUGAUAAAGUGAAGAGACAAGAGAAGGAUUAUCGGCUUUACAAGCAGAUGAAGCAGUUGAAGACUCCUCUGCACAGCGUCAGCAUACCUGACAGUCAUGGACACAUUGAUAACUCACUGAGACCCCUGUGGGACUUGGCUUUCCUCGGCAGCUCGUACGUGAUGUGGGAGAAGACAACCCAGUUUCUACACUACUACUUGGUCCAGCUCAGCAGUGUGGAGCGGCUGAAAACGGAUGAUGACAGCAUCGAUUUUGACUUCACUGUUCUACUUCAUGAAUUCUCCACACAGGAAAUCAUUCCCUGCCGUAUUCACUUGGUCUGGUACCCAGGGAAACCCCUUAAAGUAAAUUACCAUUGUCAAGAGCAACAGAGCCCAGAAGAAGCCUCUGGAACUGUGGAAGCAUCAGCUAUGGCACCGACAGAGUUCAAUAAUUUCUAAAGAGAAGAAAUGAUCUGCUUCUAUUAUAUUCUAAACAACACGACUCCACUAGCCAACGUCAUCACUCCUGUAUAAAAGCAGAGGUCCAGACGUUCCAGCAACCCAGUAGGCAAGCUUGCAGUCAGAAGCAGAUGUUCAGAAGUGCUGCCUUGUUUCUCACCUGACCCACGGUGGUGCUGAACGCCACGAGCAUGCGCACUUACCUGAUUGGGCUCAGCAGGCUCAGCACAUCCACCACAUAGCAGAUGGAUCAACAAUUGCUUUGGGAAAAGGUUUCGUCUUUUUUGUUUUGAGUUUGUAUUUUUCAUUACUCUGGACAUAUUGUGGUUAUUUUAUGUUGCUAAAUUGUUCUUAUUUUGUCAACUUUUCUUUUUUCAGUGAAAGUAAAUGGUAGCGAAAUAUUAACUGCUAAUCUCAGGCAAAUAUUUCCUUUUAGCGUGAUACCCACUUUCGAAUAAGUGUUUAUAUUUCUAAGUAAUAAAAUGUGUUUGUAAGCUUUGGUAUGGAUGUAAAAUUUGAGCUAACCUGGAAUUAAAUCAAAUCCCAAUGUUGAUUCAAACCUUA